AUGUUGCAGUUCGAGGCAAAGAAACUGGCAGAUAUAGAUGCAGAUGCUAGGGCUACCACUGAGCUAGAUGGUGUUAGCAAAGAAGCCUCUACUAGGCUAGUGGAUACAAAUAAGGGGGUUGUUGCCGAGGUGGCUGGUAUAGGCAAGGAGUCCGUCGAUAAGGUGGCUAGUGAAGAUGGUCUCAGUCUGACCCCAAAUGAGAUUAACAGGGUCUACCAGCUGUCCCAUGCUAAGGCGACCCCUUUCUUCGCACUAGUCACACCUCAGAACCUCUUUCGAUUCGGAAUUGGCCCCAACCUAGCUGUCAUUCCUCCUCCUCCUCCCGUUAUUGAUGUAGACUCCUCUUCAACUGAAUCGAAUGAGGAUGUCGCCACCUCCUCAAAAGUGCCGACGAGGCAACCUAUCACCGCAGUCAUCUAA